AUGGAAGAUAAAGAUAGCUUUGGACAUACUGAAGAGUUUUCAAAUAUUGAAUUAGAUAUUGAUGAUUGGAUUAACAUAGUGGAUAAACUAUCAGGGCAAAUAGCUGGUUGUCAGAAUGAACUCAACCAUAUUGAAUUAUAUAAUAAGAAUUUGACUAAUGCAACAAAUGAACCAGCAGCUAAGCAAACAAUUAUUAACUUUAAUAAUAGAAAUAAGAAUUCGACUAAUAUAAUGAAUGAACCAGCAGUUAGGCAAAUAGUUGGCAGUCAGGAUGAACUUAAUCGUAUUGAAUCACAUAAUAAGAAUUUAGUCAAUGUAAUAAAUGAACUAGCAGUUGGGCAAACAUUUGGAAGUUGGAAUGAACUUGACUGUUUUAUAUCUUUCUAUACGAAAUUACAAAAUUUUGGUCAUAAUAGUACAAACAAGACUAGUAUAGCUGAAAAUCAACGACAGACACGAAUCUGUUUGAAUCAUAAUGAUCAUCAAAUAAGCGAUGAAACUAAUAAGUUUGCUUUGAAAUACCGUAUAUUUUCAGAAAGCAUGCUAAAAGAAAUCAAAUUUUGGACCGAAGUUGGAAAUAUUAAUAUGAGAACACAAUAUCAAAUACUAGUAAAGCAAUAUCCAGAUGCAGCUACCUUACUUAAUAAUCUUUUAGAACAUAAAUCCAAAGAUAGUAGGUGGAUUGUAAAGUGA